GCCGCGCCGGGUCCGCGCGGUGACAGCUCGGUGCGCAGUGAGCAUGCGCGCUGCGCGGACGGCGGCAGUCAGACCUCCGCUCCUCUAGAGGACGCUGUCGGCGGUCGAGCUCCUCCAAGGGGCUUUGAGAACGGGCACGUCUAGGAACAGGCGCGGGAGUCUUUGUUGCCCGGGUCCUGCCUGGCCCAUGCUUAGCUGAGAGCAGAGAAAGGUCCUACCCAGGACACCAGGCCGGCUUGGGGGCCCCACUUGAAUGGCUGUAGGCAGUCGCUAUGUUCAGCCAACAGCAGAAUCCACAGCAACAACAGUUGCAGCAGCUCCAGCAGUUGCAGCAGCAGCAGCUCCAGCAACUCCAGCAGCAGCAGUUGCAGCAACAGCAGCUGCUGCAGCUCCAGCAGCUGCUCCAGCAGUCCCCACCUCCAGCUCCACUGCCUGUGACUAUGGGCCAGAGGCUCCCACCACCGCCACCCCAGCAGCAACUUCUGAACCUCUCCAGCUCUGCCUCCUCACUCCAGAGGGCUUUGUUUCUGCAGCAGUUGCAAGGACUGGACCAGUUUGCAGUGCCACCAGCCAUGUAUGACAGUGCCGGUCUCGCCAUGCCCAUGACCACUUUGGGUAGUAACUUUCGCAGCUACAACCUGGCAGCCCCAAAUAUUCCCACUCCCAGCCUCACAUCACCCCAGCUGGCUGCCCCAAAUCUACAGCAGAUCUUCCCUCAGGCCACACGGCAGUCUCUGCUGGGGCCCCCUCCUGCUGGGGUUCCCAUCAACCCGCCCCAGCAGCGCCAUUUAAGUAGGAACCAUCAUAAACAGACACGGCCCUUUCCUACUCGGAAGGAUUUUUCUUCGCAGACAGUGCCCCUGGAAGACCCCCUAGAGGGGUCUGAAGAUGGAGAGCCCCAAGCAGAGACACUCGAUCAAGAUUCCUCAUCUGAGCCAGACAGCAUCGCUCAGGAGAAAGAUGCUCCAGCCUCCCAGCCUGAGUCUCUAGAAGAGGAUUGUGAGCCCCCUGUGAAGAGGACCAAGAGCUCCAAGGAAUCCUCAGAGAAGGGGCACCCAGGGCAGCUGCAGGCAAAAGUGCAGCCUCAGGCCAGAAUGAUGGCCCCGAAGCAGACACAGACGUCUGAGGUGACCCUAGACACCCCGGAAGCCCGAGUACUGCCCCGUUUCCAGUUCCGGGCUCUGCAGGUCCAAGCCCAGGUGCAGCCUCAGUCUCAGUCCCGCGUGUCCCCUGCUGACGUCCAGGCCCCAGAAAGGCCCCGGAAGCCGGUUCAGACCCAGACCUCAGAGCUUGCCCCGGUGCCAGAACAGGUUCAGAUCAGAGACGCACAGCCAGCAGAGCAGCAGCCGCAGGAGCAGACCCAAGUGCCCAUGGCAGAGGGCGCUCCAGCUCCUGGUCACAGUGAGGGGCUCCACAGGCCAUCUGGGACUAUUGGGGCUGCAGAAGGCCCCAGUGAGCCAGUGGGCCCCCAGCUCAGCACUGAGGAGAGUCCACAGGAGCUGCCCAGUUCUCUGGACGUGAGAGAAUUCGAGAGAAAAUCCCGAGACAUGCUAGGGACGUGGGGUGCUGGGGCCUCCCUGAAGGUCACCAUCCAGCAGAGCAACAGCAGCCGGGCUUUCAGCACCUUGCCCGUCACCCCUGCACCACGUCCCAAUGAUGUGGCCUCUGCCGACCCUCCCGCCCUGCCCUCCAAGCAGGGCUUACAGUUCUGCUGCUGCAUUUGCAAAGCCAACUGUGGUUCCCAGCAGGAAUUCCAGGAGCACCUGGCAAGCACCGAGCACCAGCAGCGGCUUGGGGAGAUCCAGCACACGAACCAGACCUGCCUCCUGUCGCUCCUGCCCAUGCCUCGGGAUGUCCUGGACAAAGAGCGCGAAGAGCCACCAUCCCAGCGCUGGUGCCACACCUGCCAGGCGAACUACACUGGAGACCUGAUCCAGCACCGCAGGACAAAGGAGCACAAGACUGCCAAACAGUCCCUGAGACCUUUCUGCAUGGUUUGUGAUCGGUCCUUUAAGACACCCCGCAAGUUUGUGGAACAUGUGAAGUCCCAGGGGCACAAGGACAAAGCCAAGGAGCUGAAAGUGCUUGAAAUAGCCGGCCAGGACGAUGACCAGUUCAUCACCGUGGACGCUGUGGGCUGCUUUGAGGGCGAUGAAGAGGAAGAGGAGGAGGAGGAAGAGGAGGAAGGAGACAUAGAGGUGGAGGAUGAAGUCUGCAAGCAGAUGAAAGCCAAAGAUGAGUCCACAGAAAAGCAGAAGGAGCCAGAGACCUACAGCCCUAACACCGCCUAUGGAGUGGAUUUCCUGGUGCCUGCGACGGGCCACGUGUGCCGCGCUUGUCGCAAGUUCUACCCAGGUGGCGAGGGGACGAAGCUCAGCCACUGCAAGUCCUUGGCCCACUUUGAGAACCUACAGAAAAACAAGAAGGCCAAGAAGCCCAGUCCCAUCCCCAGACCAGUGAGCCGCCGCUGUGCCAUUAACGCCCGCAAUGCACUGUCUGCCCUGUUCACCCACGGUGGCCGCUCCCCCAACCAGCACAGCACCCAGGACAUGGCCAAGGCCCCCAGCAGGGGGGCACAGUCCACGGCCCCACCACCCAGGCGCUCUUCCCGCCUUCGAACCUGAGCAGGAUGUCGCAGCCGUCCACUUGGAAGCCGAUGAGCUCUGCUUUCUUCCUUCAUGGUGUGGAUAUUGGGUUUUUCACUCAAAGGCCCAAUAAACCAGUAGGAUUUGAGUGUG